CAUAGGAAGGGAAAAAUGAAUGACAAGUAACUGCGACCUAUAACCGUUUGAGAGGCGACCAAUAAGCGUUUGAGAAGGGGAAGAACAGCCAAUAGCGCCGCUGUGUGGGCGGAGUUACCUGUGGAGGCGAAGAGAAACCCAUUUUACCGUACAUUGAAGCGUUAACAUGUACGGGAGAGGCAGAGACGGGUAUAUGGGAAGAGAGAGAGACGUCGGGGCCGGAUAUGGCUAUGGUCAGGACUCAUACGCAGAACCUUGGAUGUCACCCUAUGAUGGGCCGAACAGAAGAAGUUACUAUGACCGACCAAAAAGAGGCAGAUACAGUUAUUCUGAACCUGAACAAGGAUAUAGAGGACGGAGAAAGCAGCGUCCACCUCAUCAUGCAUCACCACGGGGGAGAGGUGACCCAAGAGGGGGCUUCUUGGGUAACUUUCGGCCAAGACAUCCUAGUCAACCACCAAUCUCACAUAUGGAGCAAUUUGAGCAACUGAAGUCGUUUGCAGAGAACUUUUACUUUGGAGGAGGGUUCAACAUCACAAACAGAAGGAGAGGAAGAUGGAAUAAAAAAUCUAACGGAGGACAGCCUCCUGAGAAAAAGAUGAAGACUUCAGCAGAGAACAGCAAGUCUGAGGAGCAAGGAUCAAAAGGAGGUGGCAAUCCUGAGGAACCGGACCAGAGUACAAUGAAUGACAGAGAUCAAGAAGCUGGGACACAGGCAGAAACAGAACAUACACAGUCAUCUACCAUGAAGCACAGAGAGAACCAGAAGGAAUUCAUGGAACGCACUUUGCCAAAUAAGAUCCAGUUUUUGUGCAUUCUAUGUAAUUUCCGCACAUUCUACGAGGAUGAGUGGAACAAUCACCUGGAGACCAACCUUCACGGUCGACUUCUCAGCUAUUUGGAAAAGAAGAUUUAUACCAAUAAGGGGCUAGACUUCAUUAAGGCGUAUGUGGAGAACGACUAUAAGAAGGCAAAGUAUCAUCGCAAACAGGUUGAAGACCUCAACGACAAAAUCCUCCAAAUACAUCAGAGUCAGGACCUCACCCUAGGACUGGGCAUGGACAGUUUUGUGAAGAAAGUUGACCUCGCUCAUUGUGAUGCAUGUGAUGUAUUUCUCCCUAUGCAUUCGUUAACCCUACAGGAGCAUAUUAAAUCUCCCUCACACAGAAAUAACAGCAAGGACAUGACAUUAUAUGCUAAAAAGAGAGCGUUUAAAACCGUGAUGAGUGUUCUGAGAGACAAGCGUAAUAAGCAAAGACUGGAGCAGUUCAGAAAAGGUGAAAACCCCUUCAUAUGUUAUGAUGAGAACAUCACAAGCAAUUUAGCACCAGAAGGCAAAGAUUCGGAGGAGAUGGCAUGCAUUACACUCUCUGACUCUGAAGGAGAGGAGGAGGAGGAUGAUUUACAGGUCAAAGACUCCUUCAUAAAUGAUGAUGAGGAGGAGGAGGAGGAAGACAUCGGAAGUCACUGCAGCACAGAGGUAGUACCAGAAACAGAGGAAUCGGAGCAGAUGCCAUGCAGUACUCCCCCCGACUCCAAAAGGGAUGAGAAAGAAGAUUGUGAUGGACAAGUCAUUGAGCAGGAAACCACUUGAGUUCUGUGAUAUCCAGUUCCAGGGUCCACUUUCCAUCCAGGAGCUGUGGAUCCAUCACCUUCAUCUCUGGCUAUAAAAUUACUUUUGUAAAUCCUCCAGCCCACCACAUGAUCUGUCCUCACAGGAUCAGAAUCCUCAGCCUCCCAAAACUCCAACAUAGACCAUCAGCAUUUUAUAGACCAGAUAAAUGGAUGAAAUAAUGUGUUUGUCUAUUGGGCUAUGGUGGCAAACAACUUGUAACAGGAUGACGACUGACUGUAAUAGAAAGGAAAUAUCUGAGCUCUGUGUGAAGAUACAGAAGCACGUUUUAAGGAUUCAUGAGCUGGUAUUACAGUAUGUGGUAUGAGGAGUGAAGAUGGUCAUAAAGCUUUGCCUCCAUUGGGUGGGGGGGGGGGGGGGUUAGAGAGAAUGAGGAAGGUUUUGUUAAAUGUCAGUUAUUUUAUUUUAUUUUUUUUAAACUGUUAAGUCAUGAAAGCUGAAAGCCCCGCUACUUGGUCUCAGAUAAUGAAGAGUGUUGUAUAAUACAGCGUGGAAGAAUAAAGCUGUGAUUUGAUG